AUGGUUCCUGCUCUGGUGAACGAGCACUACAUAAUCCGGUUCGCCAUUUGCGCCCAGAACGCAGUUGACGAAGAUAUCCACUACGCCUGGUCGUGUAUUACACAGAUGGCCGACGACCUUCUUGCUACCCAACUGCGAGAGACCAGCGCCAAAGAAAUGAGACGUUUAACUUCCUCUGGUACGAGCGAGGAGGAUGAACCUGCCGAGGAAGAAGUCUUCCUCGAGUUCGACAAGGAAAUCAUCUACGACAACCAGCAGUUGAAUUUCCAGAGGGCACGGAUGCGUCGAAAUAUGUUUCUUCGUAUGGUGUCCGAUCCGAAAUCGUGCUGCACACGCCCCUGGAAAUCAUUCAGCGCGGAUGACCACUGGAGUCGUCGAACCAGUGAAUCGCAGAGCGAAGGUGGUUCCUCUUCGAACAGCAGUGACAAGCAUUCCCCGAAAAGCCCUAAAAAACUUUCGUUACCUCUAUAA